ACAAACGGAACGAGGCGAGACUCGCUCUGCUGUUGAGCCCCUAAGAUCCGAUGCACCUGCCGGGUUAGUAAGAAGACAAUGAACAACACGUGUAUCGAUGAGCAGCACGACCUGGACCACUAUUUGUUCCCGAUUGUUUACAUCUUCGUGGUGCUGGUCAGCAUUCCCGCCAACAUCGGGUCUCUCUGUGUGUCUUUCCUGCAAGCAAAGAGAGAGAACGAGCUGGGGAUUUAUCUCUUCAGCCUGUCGCUGUCGGACCUGCUGUACGCGCUCACCCUCCCCCUGUGGAUCGAUUACACUUGGAACCGCGACAACUGGACCUUCUCGGCCGCCUUGUGCAAGGGCUGUGCUUUCUUCAUGCACGUGAACUUCUACAGCAGCACGGCCUUCCUCACCUGCAUCGCCGUGGACCGGUACCUGGCCGUGGUCUACCCGCUCAAGUUUUUUUUCCUCAGGACAAGAAGGUUCGCCUUCCUGGUCAGCCUGUCCAUCUGGGUGGCGGAAUCCAUCUUCAACGCUAUCAUUCUGUUUGAAGACGAGACGUCCACGGAAUAUUGCAACGCCAAGAAGUCCAAUUUUACCCUGUGCUACGACAAGUACCCUCUGGAGACGUGGCAAAUUAAGUUCAACCUGUUUCGGACGUGCACGGGCUACGCCAUACCUUUGGCGGUCAUGCUGAUCUGCAACCAGAAAGUUUACCAGGCGGUGCGGCGUAACCAGGCCACGGAGAGCGGCGAGAAGAAAAGGAUCGUGAAGCUGCUUGCGGGCAUCACGCUGACCUUCGUCCUGUGCUUCACCCCCUUCCACCUGAUGCUGCUGCUCCGCAGCAUUUUAGACCCGAUCCUCGACCACAGGUACGGGAAACACACUUACAAAAUGUACAGAAUCACGGUUGCGCUGACGAGUUUAAACUGCGUUGCCGAUCCCAUCCUGUACUGUUUUGUAACCGAAGCAGGAAGAUCUGACAUGUGGACUAUAUUCAAAAUCUGCACUGGCAAGCUUCAUAGAUCACAGAGACAAAGAAAAAGCAUACUUUCUAUGUCUACGAAAGAUACCGUGGAGUUAGACACCCUGGAAUAGAACCAAGGAAUUUUUUUUUAAGUACAUAAUAUUAUAGCUUCGAGGUUAUAGUUUUGAAAAGGAAACCUAGCAUGGGAGGGAAUUAAGUUAUCCAGUUCAACGAAUAUUUUAAUAUCCUCUCCAAUGAAAAUAUUUUAUAAGUGCACUGUACAGCUCUCUGACUUUUCUUAAAUGAAUAUUAAACAAAAUUUAAUAUUUUCCUAA